AUGGGGAAGCGACUCGGCACGUUUCGUGCCGUCUACGUCGUCGCGCUUUGCGCCAUCGGCUCGUUCUUGUUCGCCUUCGAUACCGGCAUCGUUGGUGGUGUUCUAACCAUGCCCUCCUUCCAACGGGACUUUCGCUACACCAAAGCCGAGCGGUCGCGCGUCAACUCGCUCUGUGUGUCAAUACUACAAGCCGGGGCAUUCUUUGGCUGCUUUGCGAUAUGGCCCGUCACUGCACGCUUCGGCCGUCGUAUUGGCUUCAUGGCGGCAUCUGCCGUCUUCUGUGUUGGGGCUGUCAUGCAAGUGGUCGUCAGCCAUUCCUUGGGUCUCUUCUACGCAGGCCGUGUCAUUAGCGGUGUCGGAACUGGCGCGGCAACCGUUCUUGUCCCCAUAUUUUCAGCUGAGAUGGCUCCCAAGGAGAUUAGAGGCAUGCUAGGCUCAUGCUUCCAGCUCUUCUUUGCCCUAGGCGUUUGCGUAAGCUACUGGGUAGACUACGCCGCCGCUGAGGGUGUCUCCGACACAUCGUCGACACAAUGGCAGAUCCCAGUUGGCCUGCAGUUGGUGCCAGGUGCUCUGAUGGGCCUUGGGAUGCUGUUUGUCAAGGAGUCAGUUCGCUGGCUGGCAAAGAGGGGUCGAAAUGAGGAAGCAUUUGACUCCCUCAUCUGGGUGCGUGGUGGGGAAGACACAGCAGAAGUCCGCGCCGAGUUCCAGGAGAUCCUGGCCGGCGUGCAGCUCGAGAUCCAACAGACCGAAGGCCUGACCUACAAAGAACUGCUUCUGCCGUCGAACAGACUAAGGAUGUUCAUUGCCAUUUCCAUUCAGCUAUGUCAACAACUUACGGGCAACACGAGCUUAGCGUACUAUGCACCACAGAUCUUUGCGACCAUUGGUGCCGGCAACAAGACUUUGUUCAUUACUGGCUUCUUUGGCGUUGUAAAAGUAGCAGGCUGUCUCGUCUUCUUACUCUUCCUCGUGGACGUUGUCGGCCGUAAGAAGCCUUUCAUGGGCGGAGCCUUCGCGAUGGGAAGCUUCAUGCUGAUUAUAGCAAUCAUUGUACUGAAGUUCCCACCCGAGGCCGAGUCAGACAGCAUAUCAUCAGCAGGUGCAGCUGGUAUUGCAAUGGUAUACCUUGAGGCCAUCUCGUUCAACAUGAGCUGGGGCCCACUUCCGUGGCUGUACAUUGGCGAGAUCUUUCCCUCGCGGAUUCGCGAAAUCGGCGUCGCGAGUGGUGCGGCUUCGCAGUGGUUGUUCAACUUUAUGAUGUCCCAGGUCACUCCAUACGCAAUUGACAAUAUUGGAUGGAGGACGUUCUUGAUGUUUGCGAUCUUCAAUUAUGCCAUUAUCUUCUACAGCUUCUUCGUGCUCAGAGAAACUGCUGGCAAGUCACUCGAAGAGAUGGAGGUCGUCUUCGGCACCGUUGAUCGCCUACCGACAAAAGGUGACGAAGAGGACGCUCAAGAAGGGUCGAGCGUCCCGAGAGAGGUAUAUUCGCAUGACAGUGGGAAGGCUACAGAUGCAAGGGGUGAACGCGCUUAG